AUGUACGCGAACUUACACUACGACAGCGGAAUGUACAAGGUGGAAUCGUUUCUGUGCGGCAUCUCGCCACUGCUGAUGUUCUACAUGCUAUUUUCCCGGUGCCAGCGUUGCAUUAAUGAAGGCCAACUGACGUUCUACCAUCUUCACAACGUGUUCGGAUGUAUUCUUCCCGAUAAAACGAUGGAGCUGAUACAGAACUUUUCGAAACAAUUGAACAACGAACCUGUACACUUUUCUGCAGCAAACUUCUUCGACCUAAAAUUGGGAGCCCUCAGUACGAUAUUUGCAUCCAUUACCACGUAUCUUGUGAUUUACAUCAACUUCAUACCCAAAACGGACACAUUCGAGGAUUACAACAAAGAGCAUAAUUUGGCCGGCACUUAA